AUGAAUAAGCCGCACAAUAUCCUAUUUAACAGAUUUCGGCUUAUUCGCAGAAUCGGUCAGGGAAGUUUUGGUCAGAUCUUUGCAUGUGAAGAUUUAGAACAGAAUAUUCAUGCAGCUUUGAAGAUUGAACAUGCAAAAACAUCAGCGCCUCAACUUCCUUACGAAGCAAAGCUUUACAAAGUAUUUGCUGGAUGCAUUAAUAUACCUAAUUCGAUAUUUUACGGAACAGAGAAAUUCGAAAACGUACUCGUUAUGGAUUUAUGCGGCAAAUCUCUUGAAGAUUUACUAAAAUUAUACAAAAAAUUUUCAUUAAAAACAGUACUUAUGUUAGCCACUCAAAUGAUUUCAGCAAUUGAAUUCAUUCAUAAAAAAGAUUAUAUUCAUCGAGACGUUAAACCAGACAAUUUCGUUAUGGGGCGUGGAAAAUCAUCCUCCACCGUUAUAGUAAUUGAUUUCGGCUUAUCAAAACGCUAUAGAGAUUCUAAUACACUCCAACAUGUUGCAUACUCCGAAAAUAAAUCUCUUACAGGUACUGCACGUUAUGCUUCUGUUGCAGUUCUAAAUGGUGCAGAACCUUCUCGUAGAGAUGACAUGGAAAGUCUCGGAUAUGUUUGGAUUUAUUUAUUAACCGGCACUUUACCAUGGAUGGGACUUGGUGCUGCAGCAGAACGUGACGCAAAAUACGAGCAAAUCAGGAAAAAGAAAGAAACUACAUCAAUCGAGACUCUUUGUAAGGGUUUACCGAUUGAAUUUAUCGAAUACUUUGAGAUUGUCAGAGCAAUGAAGUUUGAAGAAGAACCAAAGUAUACUGCACUAAGGGAUUUGUUUAGAAGACUUUUUGUUCGCCAAGGAUUCGCUUGGGAUUAUAAAUACGAUUGGACCGAUACUUAUAAUAAUAUGAAAGCCAGAUCAAAGACACCAGAGUCAUCACCAAGAAUUCCAAAAGAACAACAUACAGAUUUGCAAAUUCCAGUGAAACCAGUCGUUCAAUUAUACACAAAUUAUUUCACAACGACACAAGCUAUCCAGAAAAAGAAGAAGCGUUCCACAACACCAAGAAAAUAG